AUGGGUGCUCGCGGCCUGAUUGAGACGGGUGUUCCGCCCCAACCUCAAUGGAUACUCUACGUCAAGGCCGCCAUCAUCUUCCUGGCAACCAUUGUCUUUGCUCUUGGUGCCUAUGGUUGCUCUCUUGGAUACCUGGCUAGUGGUGGUGUUGCCGGCAUGGACAUCUUCAUUGCCAUAUGGACAUACAUUGUCUACGGUGGCACUCUCGCCGUUGAGCACUAUAGGCCCGACAUGUUCUACCGCAUUGUCGCCCUAAUUGGGUACAUCCUGGCCACCAUCUUCUGGCUUUCGGCCUGGGCUUGGUCGGCCAACGUCGCCGCUCUGUGGCUCGACUUGAGCUGGAAGGGUACAGAUGCACAUAAUCUCGGAGGUGCAAUGGCUGGUGCUGCUGCCACUGGCGCUAUCAACUGGGUCCUCGUCAUCGUCCACCUGGUCUUCUUCAUCCGCGGUAGCAUCCUCGACCCCAACACUUCUGGCCGGGCUGAGCUCGGUCAAGUCAAGCCUGAGGCUUCUACCACCUCUCAGCAGCCCUAUCCUCAGCAGUCAUACAAUUCUCAGUAG